UAAAGAACUAAUCUUCCUUUCUCUAUUUCUUUCAACACUGCAAAUCCCAACUGGGUUUUCUUCAACAAUCACAGAGAUAGGGAGAGAAUGUUGGAAGGCAAGGCUUUGAUAGAAGACACAGACAUGCCAGUGAAGAUGCAGAUUCAAGCCAUGGCUGCGGCUUCUCAAGCUCUGGAUCUCUAUGAUGUCUUUGAUUGCAGAUCCAUAUCUGCCCACAUUAAAAAGGAGUUUGAUAGGAGAUAUGGCUGUGGCUGGCAAUGUGUUGUGGGUUCGAAUUUCGGGUGCUUUUUCACUCAUUCUAAAGGCACUUUUAUCUACUUCACUCUUGAAACUCUCAGUUUCCUUAUCUUUAGAGGGGCUUCUUCUUCUUCCUAAUCUUAGUUAAGACACUGUUUGGCAGAAAUGAACAACUAAGUACUAGAGGAAAGCAUAGAAUAAUUAGAAUGAGCCUAUAUAAAGCAUGUACAUUAUCCUUUUGCUUUUUACCCUGAACUGGAGGAACUGGGUUUUAUGUUAAAAAGUACCCAGAUGCUCAGCUUUGUAAUGUUCUUUCCAUGUAAUGUGAUAGCUCAGCUUAGCAUUUUACUCAAUCUUAGGGUCUGUUUGUCUGGAAUGGAUUGUGAUUACUGUGACAUAUUAUCUAAUUUUCUGGAUUUGGAAGAAAGGAGACCUCCUUCUCAUAAAAAGGA